CCAAGCGCCCUGGAAGACUACGCACCGCGCCCUGGACAACUGCGCUCGGCGGCUACCGACAGCUGGACGCGGGAACCGCUGGAUCUCUUUGUAGAGGCUGCCGAGUGCGGGCGCUGGGUCCCCGUCUCCCCGCCAUGCGUCCCGCCCCGAGGGGCGCCCCCGCAGUGCUGCGCCCCCCCGGCUGGCUGACCCUGUCGUUGCUGCCGCUGCUGCUGUUCCUGUUGCUGUUGUGUCCACACGCGGCGCGGGGUGACUGUGGUAUCCCCCCAGAUGAUGUACCAAAUGCUACACCAGAUUUGGAAAAUCGUACAACUUUUCCUGAUGGAUACAUAGUAGGAUUUUAUUGCGAUCGCGGUUAUGUGAAAAUGAGGGGAGCGCUGAGCGGAAAACACUGUCUUCCGAACGGUGAAUGGACGAAGCUGGCACCAUUUUGUAAUCGUACCUGUAGUCUUCCACCCAAGGUACUUUAUGCAGCUAUGAAAGAUAUUUUUAUCCCGGUGAGUUAUCGCCCAGCGGGUUUCGUUGUGGAAUAUGAGUGUAAUCCGGGCUACGCAAGGAACCAUUCCGUAUCAGCGGAAGUAACUUGCCUUCAGAAUUAUACGUGGAGCACACUACAAGUAUUUUGCUACAAAAGAUCAUGUCCUGAUCCUGGACAAAUAGAAAAUGGUCAUAUCAGUAUACCAACUGACAUAUUAUUUGCCUCAGACAUCUACUUCUCAUGUAACCCAGGGUACAAAUUAGUUGGUGAAAAUUCUACUUUCUGUUAUUAUGAAGGAAAGGAUAUGGUUUGGGCUGAUCCAUUUCCAAAGUGCCAAGAAAUUCCUACAACUACUCAGAAACCCACCACGACGGAUGCUCAAAGUUCCAAAGCCCUGUCAUCGCAUCAGAAACCCACCACAGUGAAUGUUCCAGGUACACAGUCCCCAUCAACUCCUCCGAAACCCACCACAGUGAAUGUUCCAGCUACAGGGUCCCCAUCAACUCCUCCGAAACCCACCACAGUGAAUGUUCCAGCUACAAAGUCCCCAUCAGCUCCUCCGAAACCCACCACAGUGAAUGUUCCAGCUACAAAGUCCCCAUCAGCUCCUCCGAAACCCACCACAGUGAAUGUUCCAGCUACCAAGCCCCCACCAGCUCUUAAAAAACCCACCACAGUGAAUGUUCCAGGUACAAAGUCCCCAUCAACUCCUCAAAAACCCACCAUAGUAAAUAGUCCAGCUAUGGAAGCCCCAUCAGCUCCUCAGAAACCCACCACAGUAAAUAUUCCAGCUACGGAAGCCCCAUCAGCUCCUCAGAAACCCACCACAGUAAAUAUUCCAGCUACGGAAGCCCCAUCAGCUCCUCAGAAACCCACCACAGUAAAUGUUCCAUCUACAAAGUCCCCAUCAGCUCCUCAGAAACCCACCACAGUAAAUGUUCCAGCUACAAAGUCCCCAUCAGCUCCUCAGAAACCCACCACAGUAAAUAGUCCAGCUACGGAAGCCCCAUCAGCUCCUCAGAAACCCACCACAGUAAAUGUUCCAGCUACAAAGUCCCCAUCAACUCCUCAAAAACCCACCACAGUAAAUAGUCCAGCUACGGAAGCCCCAUCAGCUCCUCAGAAACCCACCACAGUAAAUGUUCCAGCUACACAGUCCCCAUCACCUUCUCCGAACCCCACCACAGUAAAUGUUCCAGCUACAGAAGCCACACCAACUCUUCAGAAUCUCACUACAAGAAAUUCUUCAACUACAAAAGCCCUACUAAUUCCUCAGAAACCCAACCUCGCUGUUCUAGCUAUGGAUGCCCCACCAACUUCUCAGAAACCUCUCACAGCCAAUGAUUCAGCCACAAUAGCCAAACUAUCUCCUGUCUCAAAUGUUCUAUCUACAGAGACCCAACUAACAGUCCAGACUCUCAUCAUGAUAAAUUCUUCUGCUACACGAGCCACACCAAAACCCCAGAGCCUCACCACAGCAAAAGCUUCCUAUACACAGAGUCUCCCAGUAACAAAAAAAUUCACUAUGGUACAUGCCCCAAUGACUAAGGGUCUCCAUACAACACAAAGAUUGACAUCUGCUCAUAUUGCAGCCACACAGAAUGAAGACGUCUUCACGACACCUCGCACCUCGAAAGGAAGUGGACUCGUUACAGCAGGGAUUACCAUCAUUGGAACUGGACUUACUGUUGGUGCAAUAAUAGUUGCUAUCAUAAGUCUAACCAAAAUUUUCGGGGACUAUGGAAGAUCAGGCUCUUAUUACAUCCAGGAGAACAACAAAGAAUUCAAUGUUAUGUCUCAUAAUUUAACAGAGACUGGUGAUGCCUCAGAAGUAUGGCCUUCUGGUAAAUUACGAAAGGACACACAUUUAUGACAUUGACAGUUUUGCUUAUGAUGCUGGUAGCCACUGGCUACCUGACUUAGCCAAAGAAGCGAUAAGAAGAAAGUGCAUACAAGUACACAGAAUAUUCUAGUUUUUAUAUGUUUCUGGAAGCACGGACACAAUAUAUGCAGUAGUGUUCUUCAUCUUGCACGUUAUCAGUGUCUUUAAGGUGCAUAGGAAUGUCAAUAAAGCUAGAAGAAAAGACUGGAAUCGCAUUCUGAACAUUUCUAAGCCUCUUGAAAAUAGGACAACUCACAAGACUGAGAGCGAUUAUGUUUCUAAAAGUGUAGAGAUUUGUGAGCAUGAAGAAAAGGAAAUCAGUUAUUUUUCCCCAUUAGAUUUGUAAUGUUAUUUUUACUUACAAAAAAUAUAUAAAAAAUUAAAUACAUGAAUUGGAUAUUGAAAACAAAUGAAAAAAAUAUUGCCCAGUCUCUUGAGGAAAAUUGCCAAAGAGAGAUGAACCACAUUAUAAAGUCACCCUUCUUGACUCUAAGGCAUGUUUAUCUUUUCUUGUUCCACUAAAAUGAGUUUGAAUGGGUUGGCAAAUGUUUUAAAUGAAAAACAUGUUAAUGACUCAGAGUGUCAAGUUUCUUGGAUUUAGGUGGUGGUAAAGAAGAAGUAUA